UUAUUUUAUUUGCGAGUUAGUAAACGAUCGUCGCAGUAGUGCCAACUUCCGAUCGAUUGACACAAAAGAAAAAACAAGACGCAGAACGAAAUCGACUUCUAUAACCGUGACACACAUUCCCAGCUAAAUUUUCGUGCAAAAAUGAAGUUCCAAUACAAGGAGGAGCACGCGUUCGAAAAAAGAAAGGCCGAGGGCGAAAAAAUCAGAAGAAAAUAUCCCGAUAGAGUCCCCGUAAUCGUUGAAAAAGCACCGAAAGCCCGAAUUGGUGAUUUGGACAAAAAGAAAUAUUUAGUCCCCUCCGAUUUAACCGUUGGUCAAUUUUACUUUUUGAUCCGUAAACGAAUUCAUCUCCGCCCGGAAGAUGCCCUUUUCUUUUUCGUGAACAACGUGAUCGCUCCAACCUCCGCAAGUAUGGGCACGUUGUACCAGGAACAUCAUGAAGAAGAUUUUUUCCUCUAUAUCGCUUAUUCCGAUGAAAACGUUUACGGAGGCGCUGAUAAUGAUGCGUAAGAUUUAGAGGCAUAUUUUUUUUGUAAAAAUCGAGAUAUGAUAAAAAUAAUCAACAUCUUACGCUUUAAAUUUAAUUUUUUAUUUUUAACUAUUAAGUAAUUACUAAGUUAUUAUUUUCACCAAGAAAAUGAUUUAAAAAUCUUAAAUCGAAAAAAAAGUGAGGUUAGAUUAGAUUUUGUGAUACAAAUAAAGAUUAUUUUUGUUUCUUUUUGGUUUUUUUGUAGAAAGUAAUGUUAAUUUAAUUAUGUUCUUAUUAAUAAUGGUCGGGAAAAUCCGAAUAUGUAUUUAACGUGAUUAAAAAUGAAUGUGUUAUUAUAAGCAUAAAUAAAUUAAAAAAAUGUAGUCAAAAAAAA